GUAGGAGAACGUUGGAAUACUUCAACAAGUGCUGUUUGACCGCGACCACGAAGAAAUAUUGUAUUUAUCGUUAGCGCACUCUUAACGAUAUCGAGACUCGAUGGUGUUUGACGAGUGACUUAGCGACGAAUCCUGAAUAGCAAGCUAUAAAAGACUUGCUUCAACUUUCCGAGCUAUUAGUCGGCAAUUGGGAACUGUACUCUCUGUACCAUACGGAAAAUCCGCGAUACAAAUGGAACGCUUCAGCAUCAUCCUCUACAGCCUCUGCUCUCUCGCGAUCCUGGCAGGAUCAACGCCCGCAGGAUCGUCAACGAUUGAAACUUUGUGGGACAGCAUACAUGACGUAAGAGAUGUCAAGAAUAAUCACGCAGAUCUGAAGCAGAACAAUACUAAAUAUCCCUUGAUCGAUAAAAAUCCCGUGAUGACUGCUACCCAGGUUGGAGAACACGCAAAAAAUCAAUCAUCUUUGAAUAACGCAUCAAAUACAUCGAACACAACUUCAACUGGCAACUUUUCAAGCAGCUUUAUCAAGGAUACGCAGCACUCAAGACGUAAUGACGAUCGAGAGGACGAUGCGUAUCACAAAGAGGGACCAUCUGUAGGUUUGUCGUCGCACGAUAUCCUACUAGAUCCCGAUGGUUUGAUACCGGCUCGUUUAAGUCGCCAAGCUGAAAAAGGCGACGCGAAUUAUUCGACCCUCGCAUCGAUCGACAACAUAUCGAGCCAUGUCAAGUUUAACAACGAUGUUGUUCCGCCGAAACGGAAUCCGAGUUACGAGGGGGAUCUCCGUGUGGCUGAAGAUAGAUAUCCGCCUCCGUAUCCGUAUUGGAAUCCAUAUUACCGAGGAUCAUUUCCGAAUCAAAGAUAUCGAGCGAAUGACAGGAGGGAGCCUUAUCGUAACUAUUGGAGAUAUCCUGUAUUUCCAGGGAAAUAAAUCUAAAAGUUUCUGAGAUUUUUUCUUUCUCCUCUCUUUGAGGGGAAAUUAGAUUUGCAUAGCCAGAUUUAUGUAAGUAGAUCUUGGAAAAAUAGUGAUGAAAAAUAUUCCUGAUGAAAAAAGACAGAGAAAUGUAUUAAUAAAUAAUCUUAAACUUAUAAUAAAACUUUAGAUUGUAAUUUCUUGAGAAGAGAUUGCUCCUGAAAUAUUUUUAACAACAUUUUAUAAUUAAAAUUACAUUUUUAUCAAUAAAAAUUAAUGUUUGCAAUUAAA